AUGUCAGCUGACGCACCAAAUGGUAGAACAACAAUAGUUGUCGGUCUAUUCAAACUUCAUUUAAGCGAUACAAGAGAAGAGGAUAAACCUCCGUUGCCCAUGGGAUUGGAUUACAGGAAAUGUAUUGUAGAUUACUUUUCCGAGAUGAAAAAGAUAAUAAAGACAACUCUUGACGCAACCUGGCCAGCCGACGCUGCGGCGGCUUAUUGCAUUUCCUCGGUCAAGCAAUUACCCGCUGGCGAGAACUUCAUGGUUGUGGACUGUGGAGGGGGGAUGGUAGAUCUGACGAUUCGCAAACUUACCAGCGAUGGGAAAUCGGGUGAAAUCAUCCGACAUGUUAAUGAAGUUUGCGGUAGCACAUUCGUUGACAAGGGAUUUAUUCGGCUUCUAUGCGAAAAGUUUGGAUUGUUCGAAGCGCUGCAACAACUUCAAACCUAUCAUUAUGAGCAGAUGCAAUAUCUCGUCCAGGAAUUCAGCGUAAAAGUCAAGUUUUCAUUUACCGGAGAUCCGUCAACAUUUAAACCCAUUGACAUAGAUCUGGAAGAUUGUUGCCCCUCGCUUUUGAACUACGCGACAGGUGAUGUCAAAAAGAAUAUGGAAAAGUUGGAAUGGCUAGUGGAAUUAAAUUUUGAAGAUGUCAAGGCCAUGUUCGAUUCGGUCAUUCAAAGUGUCAUCUUCCUGAUAGGAAAUCAAAUAUCACCUGAUAUAAGGUGUGUCGCGUUAUUCCUCGUUGGUGGAUUUAGCGAAUCUCUGUAUUUUCAGAGGCGAGUUAGAGAGACAUUUCAACAUUAUUUCCAAAUCAUAGAAGUUCCCAAACAACCCAUCACCGCGGUAGUAAGGGGGGCAGUUCAAUAUGUCGCAAAUAAGAAUACGAUGCGAUCAAGGAUAUUGAAAUACACUUACGGGGUUCAAGUCACGAAUAAAUGGAAAAAGGGUGAUCCACCACAACGAAAAACUCCAGAAGGCCUCAUGUACGUGUUUCACACAUUGGUAAAACGUGGAACUGAGGUUAAAGUUGAUCAGGUAUUUGGAUAUAUCGCGAGACCGUCAGGACCGUAUCAAAAAGACAUGACAUUCGACAUUUAUGCUUCGUCAAAUCCGGAUGUGAGGUUCUGUGACGAACCUGGAAAUCGUUAUCUAGGAACUCUCAAGGUAGAUCUGUCAGACAUCAAACACGGUGGGAAAAAGCUUAUAGAAUUCUCAUUAACCUUUGGGGCAACGAAAAUAAAGGCUGCGGCGAAGGAUAAAAAAACGGGGCGAACUUACCAUGCAUCAUUAAGUUUAGAUUUUUGA